UAUAUUGGAAUAAUUGUUUUUGCGAUAACUGCACGAUCGGCUUACGAAAUGGGCGUCGAUAUUGAGACAUACAGGGGCCGAAUAGGAGGCUUUAAAGGCUCAAUAGGGUGUGAUGUUGUGACGGUCCCAUGCAAUGUCAACUUCAGCUCCGGGAUGAACGCUUUUGGUGCCGUUGUUUUUAUUGGAUUGCUGUUAAUCAUGGGAGGAAUCGAGCCAAACCCUGGACCACCACAGAAAGAUAGUAAAAGUGAGAACAGCGGAACAUUUGAAAUACACGGACAAGAAGGGAUUAUCAAAUAUUAUUGUCGCGUAAAUUCAGAAACUGAUUUAAAGACCAUUUUAAACCCAUGGGGCAUUCGAAAUCCCGGAUUCAUAUUAUCAGCUGCAGGGAACGCGGACAAUGUCCAUGAACAAUUUCGACGUGAUCAUUUCAUAAAAGAAACUACAACCCUUAUACGGAACACGGGUGCAAUUUUAACAACAGCGGUUGGGGGUUGGUUACACGAGCUCGUGAGAGAUAUUAUCGAUGAAGUCAGAAUUCUGUCUGAUUACAAGCCUGUCGUUAUUGGCAUCUUCAAAUGGGAAUCGACAAAAGACACUUUUACCGAAUUGCCAAAUAAACUGAUGAAGGAAGAUCGCGAUGACUCUCACUUCACACAUUUUAUCUUUGUGGAAAAUGAAAAACAAUGUACAUCUAUCCUUUGGAAGCUUAAUUCAUGCUUGUCAGAAGAUACUGCAGACGACACAAUAACACCAACCAUUUUAUUAACACAUUGCAUCGACACGUUAGCGAUUGAGUGCGCGGUAGCUGCUUUUCAGAGCAAUAAACCAUUAACUCUGCUUCAAACAGAUGAAACUUCGCAACUUCUUAAAACACUUCGUAAAAAACAGAACGAUAAGGAAUUAAAUAAUAGUAGAACAUUGGACCCCAUACAUCUUAAAUUGGGCCUUUUCUCAGAUACACUUCCGGAGGAGUCAUACGAAGGCUAUCUCAGAGAAAGUAUAUAUAAAGAUCAGGAUAACUUUCAUAUUAAUGUUAUAGAAGGCUUCAAGCGAAUGAAUGCCAAGAACAUUGAUUUACUAAAACUAUGGAUAGUGCUAAAUCCAACAGCAACCAAACUUUGUUCUGGACUUGAUACCGGACGACUGAAAGACAUUAAUUACAAAAACAGGUUGUUUGCGUUUAUUUUAAAGAAAAAUAUUGUUCAUGAGUUGCUAUAUUCGGACACUGUUUACUUGAAGCUAUUUUGUGAGAAAGAACUGCCUAAAAUGUUCGAUAAUCCAGGGGAUGGUUCUGAUACGAAUAGCUUGUGUCAUGUUGCUGAUAAGAUACGAAAGAAAUUAGGGAUACAUGUAGCUGUUAAAGAUGGUAAAAUGGAAACUGACGAACAAGCAAUAUUUUUCAUAUUCAUGUGGUCCCUCUUGAAACAAAAAGGCAGCGUCUCAGAUUGGGCUUAUAAUAAAAUGACAAGUAAAAUGACUGCUGCUCUUGUGGGCUCUAAAUAUUUGAAAAAAACUGGUGAAAGCAAACACAAAUCCUGAAGAAAGGGAAUCCUUGCUUAAAAUGAAAACUACCUAUGACGAGAAAGCAGUAGCGGCACUUGAAAAGAUGAGCAAGACAAAUCUAUCAAGAACAACUAAAUGUUUGAUAAGAAAAAGGUGGUGUGCUUUUGGGGAUACCUCAGCGUUAUUGUUAGCGAAAGAUAAUGCCAGUUUUCUCGCUCACCCAGCGGUGCAGAGAAAACUGACGGAUAUAUGGAUGUCACCAUUUAACACUACUUACCUACGAAAUGGUUAUCUUAAGCUGGGUAUAUGCUUCCUGUGUCCAUUCUUGGCUCAUUGCUUUCUUCAACCUUCCGUUCAUGAAGUUAACUCCGAACCAUCUCAAACCAAAACAAAAGACCACCGCAAUAAACUGAUAAAAUGGUUACAUAGUGCAAAUAACUUCAUAUGUUGUCCAUGCACAAUUGUUGUGUACAACAUUGUAGCAACGAUAAUAUUUCUGUGCAUCUAUGCCUAUUAUUUAAUCUUUGAAAUGGAACAAAAAACCACAGGCUUUGACAUCGUCCUAAUAAUAUGGGUUGCCAGCUUGUUCGUUGAAGAAUUGCGGCAGUUAAUCACAAAACGGAUGAACUAUUUUCACGAUGUUUGGAAUAUAAUAGACGUUCUGUCAAUAACAUUGUUUGCAAUAGGAGAGGGUCUCCGAUUAUCCAAAUGCUGUGACACAUUCGGGAAUAUUGUAUUGGCCGUCGACUUUAUAUUUUUUACAAUAAGAAUGUUUCAAACAGUUUCAUGUUUAGAAACUUUUGGACCAAAAUUAGUUAUGAUUGGCAAAAUGAUGCAAGACUUGCUUUAUUUCCUUUUACUUCUCUCCGUGAUGGUAAUGUCAUAUGGGAUUUCAACUCAAGCCAUACUUUAUCCGAAAUCCCCUGUUGUGUGGAAAACUGCUCUGAUGACAUUUAAAAAACCAUUUUGGAACAUAUUUGGGGAACUGUCACUAGAUGAAAUAACGGGAAAUGCCGAUUGUACCAAUAACAAGUCCCAGUGGAUGAACGGGUCUUUACCUCGUUGCCCGACCGAGAAAUCAACAUACGUCGUGCCAGUCAUGCUGGGCGUCUACAUGUUAAUGGUCCACGUACUUCUCCUCAAUCUUUUGAUUGCAAUUUUCAGUAAGACAUACACUAAGGUUCAACUGAAGGCUUAUCAGCAUUGGUGUAAACUGAGAUACGAGUUGAUACUCGAAUACAGCGAGAGACCAAGCUUAUGUCCGCCAUUGAUUGUCUUUUGCCAUGUAUGGCGUAUGGCAAAAUUUCUUCGACAGCUUUUGUAAAAGGGAAUCUAUUCGCGUUGGAAAAAAUCCUGCUUUUUGUCGUCCACUUUCAAAAGACGACGAGAAGAUUUUGGAUAAAUGGGAAGAACGAAUGGUUUCUGAAGUAACCUUUUCUACAACUGGGACUGUAUACAAUGACAGCAUAUAUCUUAGAGAUUUAUUUCAAGAUAAAGGAAACUGUCAAGUUUCUUUUGAUGUUUGAAGAAGUGAAUUGAAAUUGAGUGGACUUAAAUAAAUGUACGGAAACAAAAAAAUGCCCCCUCCCCAGUUCAAAAGUCCCCAACACGUAUUUAAACAUCUGUUGAAAACUUCAAACUUGAAUAUGCCUUACACCACCUUAAACAACUCAAAAUUUAUUUUAUAUGUUAAGAAAAUCAGAAAAGGUUUCGAUGCUUGCUUAUGUGGCGGCUACAGUAACAUUGACAAUUUCUUGAUCGUUAUUAAAACAAUGUGCAUUGAGACUUUCCGCGUGAUUUCGAUGUUUCGAAAAAUAAAAGGUUGCUCACAUUUUUGGAAAAAAAACAUCCUAAAACACAGAAAAGAUUCAAGAAAACGUUACUACAAAAGAUUAGGACAAUAAACCAAGUAACUCUGAAGGUGAAGUUGUGUUUCUUGAAAAGCUAUGGACAGAUUAUCUGACCAGAUUCAAACAAAGGACUUGAGCAGUUUAAACACGAUGUAAUGAGAUUUCUGUUUUUUGUUCCUAAAUGCAUAAUUUCAGGGCCACACACUUGAAUAUAUUUAGCUGAAAUAAACAAUAAUGGCAAACCAAUCGCAUCAUGACAAAG